AUGAUGGACAGAUUGUACAACAUGGAAUUAAAGGGACAACAAUGGGGAAAUCAUAUUUGUCUAGAGAUAAGGGAUAAGGGUAGUAGAAGUGAACCUCAACAACAUGAAGAGGUUGAAAUGACUCCAAUUGAGAUGGAUACUACUCAAAAUGAUAUGCAAGCUACUCCUAAUGAUGUUAAAUCCAGUAGCACAUGGGAUUUUAGUCAGUAUAUGCAAGUUACUCCACCUAGAAGUUAUAAAGGUGAGGAGGGUGUUGUGGGUGAGGAGGUUGUUGAGGCUGAGGAUGGUGUUGUGGGUGAGGAGGUUGUUGGUGCUAAUGUUCAAGUUGAUGAGGUUAUUCCUAAUGUCCAAGUUGUUGCUAAUGUUCAAAUUUAG